CACAAUGUUGGGUUUCCAUGUUUUAUGGGAAAUUUCCAUAAUGAGUUUUAUACUUUACAAACUAUUUUCUAUCCCCUAAACCUAUCCAUCACCUAAACAUCACAAAAAAUAAUUUUUCCUUUAAAAAUAUAGUAUGUAUGAUUUAUAAGCUGUUUUCCUCAUGGGACCAAAAAUUUCUGGUAUUGAUAGUAAUAACACACACACACACACACAGAAAGAAUUGGGUCACUCUGUUUCUGCCUAAGUGUUGAACAUCCAAAAUAUUUUCAGAAAAUAAAGCUUAAGCACCAAGGAGAUAAGAUACAGUAGCAUGUGUAUGUUACAUGAACUGCUGUGUUUAUUUACAAAAAACACCACCACCACACACACUGCAAUUUGCACCUGAUCUGCCUGUUUGUGCUUCUUUAAAAAGAACUGAUAUCUCUUCCUUUCUUUUCAUGUUUAACUGAUCCUGUGCAAAAUAUGACAGUCUGUGGUUACAUCUAAUCAUUCAAUGUCUCAUAAAAGUUAUUCAGCAAACAAACCUGAUGCUAAACCUUAAAAACGUAGUUCAAAUAUGAUGUUUUCUUAUUCUUCGGUAUCUUACAGCCAUAUUCUCUCGUGCUCGGUUCGUCUGUGAUUUGAAAACUGCAUGCGCUGCCGGUGAACGUCAAAAAAACCCAAAACUCUUCUUUUGACAAGAGGUGAAAUGAUGUGUCAGUCAGCAUCAGCAACUGUUAGUAGCGAAUAAAAUGCUGGGGUGGCACCCCUGACACCACUCUGGCUCCACCACUGCUCUUGCCCUGUUACAGAUAAAGCUUUUGCAAAAUGUUUAAGAAAUGUCUCCUUACAAAACCAUUCAUCAUAACAAAGAAAAAUGUAUAAUCUUUGAUAAAUAACACCACAGUAUUUAAUCCAUUUAUUAUUACUCAUAGAUUACGUGGAUCGUCUGCCCAUACAAGUCCCUCUGAUUGAGCUGUUACUAUGGUAACGAUAACAUGUUAGAAUGAGAGUAUUAAUAUAAACCUGUGUUUGCUUUAUUGCUGGCACUGUGGUAUACAUUUUUAUAAUUAUGUUUUUUUCUAACAUAAUUAUACAGGAAUUGAGUUUGUUAGAACUGCUAACAUUGGCAAGUUAGGUGCAGAGUGUAGUGUUUAUCUCAUAAAUAGCUGAAAUGAAAUUAUACAACAAACAUUCAUUUCAUACGUUACCGCAGAUAUAUGCAAAUGUUUCUCUGAGCAGAUGCAGGGGUCUACAUUUGCAGUGUAGUUUUUUGACUGAAUGUAGUAUGCAGGUCAGAUGAUGGAUCUUGUGGAUGACUGACCCAGUGUAGUGGAUUCUUUCCAUAAUUAUUGCUAUUUUACAUGUCUGUAUACAUGAAACUACAGCCAUUCUGUUUAUGAAUUCAGUACUGGCCUUUAAUUAAAAAUGUAGUAAACAUUCAGUAAAUCCUGUGAAGUCUGGAGAACAGAUUAUUUGCAUGUGGUUCAUACAUGAGGGUUGGGACUAAGAUUUUACCUGGUUUUAUUGUCACGCAGCAUUUUUAAUGCAACAUGGACAUUCCAUAUUGUUCUUGUUACUAUUGUAACAUGGACUAGUGGAUACCACACCAGUCCUUUCCCUUUGUCUGUGGGGGAAAAAAACACCUAGUAGUUAUGUAUUCUUGCUUCAAAUUACAGCACCAAUGUUGUUCUCUCACACAACAGUCAACAUGUCAGCCCCCUAUAGUUACGCAGUUCUGUUGAUUUAAAUGAUAAUACUUUGUUUGUGAAGAGGACUAUAAAAAGCUUGGGAAACAGAAUCUCUCCAUCAGACAUCAUGGGAAAGAUUAUUUUUUACGAGGACACGAAUUUCCAAGGCCGUAGUUAUGAGUGCAGCAGCGACUGCACAGAUCUGCACUCCUAUUUCAGUCACUGCAACUCCAUCCGAGUGGAGAGUGGCUGCUUCAUGAUCUAUGAAAGGCCAAAUUACAUAGGUCAACAAUAUUUCAUGAAAAAAGGUGACUAUUCUGACUUUCACAGUUGGAAGGGUGUCAGCAGCAGUAUCAGAUCCUGUCGCAUAAUUCCACCGUACAGGGGCAUAUACAGACUAAAACUCUAUGAAAAGGCUGACUUUAAUGGGAACAUGAUGGAGUUCAUGGAUGAUUGUUCCAGUGUUUCGGACCGUUUUCAUCACCGGCAUGUUUACUCCUGUAAGGUGAUGAACGGCUACUGGAUCUUCUAUGAGUAUCCCAAUUACAGAGGCAGACAGUACUUCCUGAAACCUGGCGAGUACAGGAGAUACCGCGACUGGCGUGCUACCUGUUCCAUUGUAGGCUCUUUCAGACGCAUCACUGAUUUUUAAGUAUUGAUCUAUUUAUUAAAGAGUGUUCAUUCCUUCAUAUAAGUCCAUGUUAUAUCAUCUGUUUGCUUUUUUCA